UUUGAAUGUGGGAACGCGGAACUCUUCCCCUGACGUCAGGCUGGGGCAGGAUAAUUCCCUCGUUUAACGACGGCAGGGCGAGUUGAUCCUGUAGUUUCCCUUGAAGCAGGAAGGGGGAGAGUGACAACCAGUGUCGAGGAGGGCGACGGACGCGCUGAGGUGCGGGGAGCCGGACGGGAGCCGCUGCAAGAAUGGCCGCAGGGAGCUGCAGCGUCCCAUAUGAUGACUGUAAGGAGACUGCUGAUUGGUUGUUGGCUCAGACCAGCACACGGCCCUGUCUGGCUGUCAUCUGUGGGUCAGGCCUCGGGGGACUCGCCGACCUGCUGAGCAACAAGACCGAGAUCCCGUACGAGAAGAUCCCGGGAUUCCCUCGGAGCACAGUUCCAGGGCACGAGGGAAAACUGGUCUUUGGGGAACUGGGUGGUAAACAGUGCGUCUUCAUGAAGGGCCGCUUCCACUUUUACGAAGGCUACAGUAUCAACAAGGUGAUCUUUCCAGUCCGUGUCUUCCGUUUAAUGGGAGUCCAGGCCCUGAUCGUCACCAACGCUGCUGGAGGGCUGGGCGAGAAUUUCCAAGUGGGUGAUCUGAUGGUCAUCAAGGACCACAUUAACAUACCGGGCUUUGCGGGGAUAAACCCCCUCCUCGGCAGCAACGAUGAGAGAUUUGGUCCACGAUUCCCGUGCAUGUCGGAUGCCUAUGACCGGACCUAUUGCGGGCUUGCUUUGGACAGCGCCUUGGAGCUGGGAUACCAAGACUUUGUCCGCGAGGGGGUAUAUUGCAUGCUUACUGGACCAAACUACGAGACAGUGUCAGAAUCUCGCAUGCUGAAGACAUUAGGAGCAGAUGCAGUGGGCAUGAGCACGGUGCCGGAGGUAAUCGUGGCCCGGCAUUCCGGUAUGCGAGUCUUCGGCAUCUCCCUCAUCACCAACCAGGUAGUGAUGGACUACAACAGCCGAGCGAAGGCUGAGCACCAGGAGGUGCUAAAGGUAGCCCACGACCGGGCUCAUGCCCUGCAAGCACUGGUGGCCAAGGUGGUGCAGAAGAUGGAGUGAGGGCAGCACCACUCACUACCUGCGCAGGAAGAUCAACAGCAGCAGGCCAGGCUGCCCACCCUCCACCGAGCACACGAUGCCCACCUGCUGGGUUGCAGCUUCCUCAGCACCACACUUCCCUCCACAGAGCCUGCUGCCC